AUGUACCGCCAGUGCGCGAGUCUGGUGGAACGACACCGGUCAGAGCUGAGUUUCGCAUUGCUGUUGUCAGGCUAUGCGCUCUACCUGAUUCUUGGCGCAUGGGUCUUCUCCGCCGUGGAGCUUCCAUAUGAGCAACGGCUGCGCGAACAACUGGAGACCGCCCGGCAAAAGUUUCUCUGGGACAACGCGUGCGUGUCUGACGAACGGCUCGAGGAGCUUCUGACCCGCGCGCUGCAUGCCAAUAACUACGGCGUGUCGGUGCUCGGUAACGCUAGCGAAAACAACUGGGACUUCAUCUCCUCUCUGUUCUUUACCAGCACAGUUCUAACCACCACAGGCUAUGGUCACACUGUACCACUGUCAGAUGGAGGAAAGGCAUUCUGUGUGUUCUACUCUCUCCUCGGAAUCCCCGUCACGCUCCUCUUCCUCUCCGCCCUGGUACAAAGAAUUAUGGUCCUGGUGACACGCCGGCCUGUGGCGUACCUUCACCUGCGAUGGGGCGUGUCCAAACCGAAGUUUGCCGCUGUCCAUGCGGCAUGUCUAUCCGUUGUUGCAGCACUGCUCCUCUUCCUCCUACCAGCAGUAGUGUUCUGCAGGCUGGAGCCUCUAUGGAGCUACCUGGAGUCCCUCUACUUCUGCUUCAUCUCGCUUACUACAAUUGGCCUAGGAGACUAUGUACCUGGAGAGACUCACAAUACCGUUCCCAACUCUCACCGCACGCUAUAUAAGCUGGCUAUUACACUGUACCUGUUGCUGGGCUUGGUGUGUCUGUUGGUGGUGGUGGAAACGUGUUGUGAGCUGCCACAGUUGAAGAGCUUCAGGAGGAGAUUCUACAGAGAAAAUAAUGCUCCAGAGUCAGAGACCAGAGACCAGGAGGAGUUUAGCAGCACAGAACAUGAUCAAAUGACUGAUCACCUAACUGAUCAGCUGACCUUCUCCUCAGUGUCCGCCCAGGCUGCCUCCCUCCGCCAGGACAACACACCCUGGCAAUAG